AUGGCGGACCGCAGCGCGGACCAGAUGCGCGACGCUGAGCUGAAGAAGCUGAACGACUACCGACGGAGGAAGCAGAGCGGCCGCACCGCCAGACAGCAGAACUCCCCACAGUCGGGCGGCGCGGCUGGGAGCGGGACAGCUGGCUUCAAACCCACGGGGGUGCCUGGCCUCCGGGCGCCGCCCACGCCCGAGCGACCGGCGAAAGAGGCCGACUCCGAGGCGUUCUUCACGCCGGAAAAGGAAGCCCCAGAGGCGGGUGCGCAGGCGGGUUCGCCUCUGGCUCCUUCUGCAGGCAGGAUGGACCAGGAUGCGAAGAUCGCCGAGCUGGAGAGCCUGGUCCAGCACCGCGAAGAGGAGCUCUCGCGCGCCGCGGAGAGGUUGUCCGAUGCUCACGGCAGAGUGAUCAGGCUCGAGGAGGAGAUCGAGAACUCGCGUCUCGCUCGAGACGAAUCCGCAGGCGAGACGAUCGCCGCUCUCCAGAGCGAGCUGCGCGAGGCGCGCUCCGAGGCCGACUCCCUGCGCGCGCGCCUGGACGUGGAGAGGCGGAGCACCGACGCCAAGGCGGGCGGGCGCGUGUCGACGCUCGAAGUGCAGCUCGAGCAGGCGCGGCGGGACGCGGAGACGUACAAGGAGAAACUGAAGAACGCGGUCAAGAAGGGCAAGGCCAUCGAGCGGGACAAGGACGCCCUCGCCGCGCAGUUGAAGGCCGGGUGGGGCAGCGGGGACGUGCCCGGCGCCCGCCUGCAGGAGCUCGAGGAGCGUCUGCGCGCGCUCGCGGCGGAGUGCGAGGAGCGCACGGCGGACGCCAAGCGCCUGCGUGCCGAGCGCGACGCGGCGGUGAAGGAGCAGCACAAGGCGCAGCGGCAGCGCGAGGAGAUGCGGGAGCGGCUCGCGGUGCACGAGGAGAUCGAGGACCACAUCGAGGGCCUGCAGGCGCGCAUGGAGCGCGCGGUCGCGGAGCACCAGGCCACGGUGGGGGAGUGCAAGAAGCUGAAGGGGAGUAUUGACCAGCUGGAGGCGGACAAGCGGCGGCUGGCGGGCGAGAACGAGGACCUCCGCGCGACGCUCGAGGCGCAGGCGGGGAAGAUCGAGGCGAUGCAGGGGAUGCUCGCGGAGGGCGCGGCGGGCGGGGGGCGCGCGGAGGAGCUGGAGGGGGAGUUGGCGCGGGUGCGCGCGGAGGCGGACGAGCUGCGGCAGCGGUCCGAGGCGCUCCAGGCGCAGUUCGACGGGCUGCUGGGGCGUGCGCAGGAGCGCGAGCGGGCAGUGGAGCAGCUGGAGGAGCAGCUGCAGGAGGCGCGCACGGAGGCGGCGGCGGCGCGCGACGAGGUGGGGUCGGCGCGGCGGUCGGCGGAGGCGCACCGGAUCGACGCGGUGCGGCACCAGGAGUCGCUGCGGGUGCUGCGCGGCGACAAGGACGAGGAGGUGCGCGCGCGCGUGGCCAUGGAGCAGGAGCACCGGCAGUACCACGAGCUGCUCGUGAAGAGCAAGGAGCGGCUGCAGGAGCUCGAGGACGCCAGGGAGCGCGGGGAGAGGGAGGCGGCGGCGGCGGCGGCGCGGCUCGAGGCGCGGAUUGCGGAGCUGAGCGCGGAGCGGGACGACGCGCGCGCGGCGGUGGAGCGCCUGACCGCGGAGGUCGACGCGGCGAAGGGCGCCGGCGAGGUCGCGAAGCUGACGGCGAGCGUCGAGGAGCUGCGCGCGGCGCGGGACGCGGCGCUGGCGACGGCGGAGGGGCUCAAGCAGGAGGUCGGGAAGCACCGUGCGCGCGCGGACGAGGCCGCCACGGCCGCGGAGAACCUCGGGAGCGACCUGGACUCGCUGCAGGCGGACGUGGAGCGGCUCGGCGCGGAGAAGGAGGCGUCGGACGCUGCGGCGCGUGCGGCGCAGGAGGAGUGCGAGGCGCUGCGCGGGGCGCUGGAGAGCUCGAACCGCGCGCUGCAGGAGCAGACGGAGGGGGCGGAGGAGGCGAUGGCGGCGCUGCGGGCGCGCGUCGCCGGAGCGGAGGCGGACGCAGAGGCGGCGCGGGGGGAGUAUGCGAGCAAGGAGGGGGAGUGGGCGCGGGUGCGUGCGGAGCUCGAGGAGCGCACGGCGACAGCAGAGGAGGCGCGCGCGGCGGCGGAGCGGCAGCUCGCCGCUGCGGUCGCUGGCGGCGAGGGGCGCGUGGCGGAGCUGGCUGCCGAGGCCGCGGAGGCGCGCGCGGCGCGAGACCGGGCGGAGGCGGCGCGGCGGUCGCUCGAGGAGCAGCUCGGGGAGCUGGACCGGCUCGCGGGGGAGCUGCAGCAGCGGGAGCGCGAGGUGGCGGAGGUGGAGGCGGCCAGUGCGCAGAGGGCGCAGGAGGCGGCCGCGGUGCACGCGGAGGCGCUCGAGGCGGCGCGGGAGGCGCAGGGUGAGGCGGAGCGGGGCCGUGCGGCGGCUGAGGAGCGUGCGGAGGGGCUGGCGGGGGAGCUGCGUGCGGCGCAGGAGGUGCUGGAGGGCGUGCAGAGCGACGCGGAGCGCGCGGCGGCGCGGGCGGCGCGGGCGGCGGAGGCGGAGGCGGAGCUCGAGGGGCGCGUCCGAGAGCUGAGCGAGAAGGUCGCUGCGGCGGAGGCGGAGGCCGCGCGGGCGGCGGAGCGCGUGGCGGAGCUGGAGAGGGAGUUGCGCCAGGGCACAAAGGGGGCGUCGGAGCUGUCGGCAAAGGUCGCGACGGCCGAGGAGGCCCGCCGGGCCGCGGAGGAGCGCUGCGCGGAGCUGGAGAAGGAGGUCGGUGCGGCUGCGGAGGCGGCGGGGCGCGUUGCGGGGCUGGAGGAGGAACUGCGGGGUGCGGCGCGGAGGGUGGGGGAGCUGGAGGCGGAGGUCGCGGAGGCGAGGGAGGAGGCCGAGGGCGCGGCGGUGCGCGCGGCGGAGCUCGAGAAGCAGCUCGGGGAGGGCGCGGAGGGCGCGUCGGAGCUGGCGGGGCGGGUGGCGGCAGCGGAGGCGGCGUGCCGGGACGCGGAGGCGGCGGCCGCGGAGGCGUCGCAGCGCGCGGAGGCGGCGGAGGAGCGCGAGCGCGUGGCGCGUGCGGAGGCUGAGGAGCAGCUGCGGGCGGUGGAGGGGGAGUUGAGUCAGUUGCGCGACGACGAGGGCGCGCGGUGUGCGGCGCUGCAGGGCGAGGUGGACGACGUGCGGCAGCAGUGCGCGGAUCUCGAGGCGGCGCUGGAGGCCGCGGAGCGCGAGCGCGCCGAGCUAGAGGCGCGGUGCAGCGAGGCCGAGGGGAGGGUGCGGGCAGCGGAGGGGGCCGGGAGCGGCGCCGAGGACCUGCGCAAGAAGCUGCACGCGGCCGUGAAGAAGGGCAAGGGCAUCGAGAAGGAGCGCAAGGAGCUGGAGGCGGCCCUGGCUCAGGCGGAGGAGCGCCACGCGGCGCUGCGUGCGCGGUGCGAGGAGCUCGAGUCCGACCUGGCGGCGGCGCGGGAGGCAAAGGACGCGGAGGCGGAGGCGCCCGCGACGCCGGCCCAGGUCGGCGGCGGGGAGUGGGAGCGGGACGGAUGGGACGGGUGGGAUGGAGCGACGCCGCUGUCAGUGCCAGCGGCAGCGGCGGCACGCAACGAGGCGACGGAGCUGGCGGAGCGUCUGCGGGAGGCGGAGGAGGCCGCGGAGACGGCGCGCAACGAGGCGGCGGAGCGUCUGCGGGAGGCGGAGGAGGCCGCGGAGACGGCGCGCAACGAGGUGGCUCAGCUUGCGGAACGGCUGCAGGAGGCAGAGCGAGCGGCGGAGGCGGCGCAGCGCGAGGCGGCGGAGCGCGUGGAGGAGGCGGCUGCUGCGGCGCGGGCGGAGUGCGAGGCGCUGCGUGCGCGGUGCGAGGAGGCGGAGGGUGUCAGGGGGGAGUUGGAGGAGGAGCUCAAGGGCGUCGACGGGGAGCUGCGGGCCGCGCGGCACCGCGCGCUGGAGCUCGAGGCCGAGCUCGGGGAGCUCCGCGCGCGCACCGACGCGGCCGAGGCGGCGAGGGGCGGCGACGGUGCUGCGGGCGAGGGCUGGAACGACUCGUGGGGCGACGGGGGCGCGGAGGGCGGCGCCGGCGUGGCGACCAACCCGCUGUUCGACACCGAGCCGUCGCCGCGGCCGCGCGAGGCGGAGCUGCAGGCGGCGCUGGCGCAGGCGAAGGAGGAUGUGGCCGCGGCGGAGGCGGCGGCGCAGGAGGCGAGUGCCGCGGCGGAGCGGGCCGACGGGGAGGUGCGGCGGCUGCGGGAGGAGCUGGAGGAGGUGCGGGCGGAGCUUGCGGACGCGGACGACGCGGCGCGGCGCGUGCGGGAGGAGGCGAGGCAGUUGCGCGAGGAGAGGACUGCGGAGGCGCAGGAGGGCUGGCGGGCGGCGGAGGAGGCCAGGGCGGAGGCCGAGGCCGCCAGGGCGGAGGUCGCACGGCUCAAAGGGCAGCUGGAGGAGGCGGCGCAGGAGCACGGGCAGGCGGGGGAGGCCCUUGGUCGCCUGCAGGUGCUGGAGGGGGAGAUCGCCGACGUGCGCGCCGCGCUCGAACAGGCCGAGGCGAGUCGGGAGAGCGCGGCCGCCGAGGCCGAACGCGCAGCGGCGCGUGCAGCUUCGGCGGAGGCCAGCCUGGCCGAGGCGCAGCAGUCGGCGUACGAGCUGUCCCAGGCGCUGGCCGACACCCAGAGCAUGGUUGCGCAGAUGGGGGAGUCUCGGGAGGUGUCCGACGCCGUCGACCACGUGGCCUCCGUCGUCCGCGCCGUCACUGCGGCCCUGAACGCCGCGGCGGGCAGCGGCGACGUUCCGGACGCCGACGUCCCCGGGGGUCUCUCAGAGCUUGUGCAGAGCACGCAGGGCCCGGCCGCGGAGGCGCUGUCCGCGGCGGCGCAGGCGGCGAUCGAGCUCGCAGAGGCCUCGCGCGCCGUCGGCGGCGCUGUGCGGAAGGAGCGGGAGCGCCGCGCGGAGGCGGAGGCGGCUGCAGAGGGUCUGCGCGGCCAGGCUGCGGGGCUCGAGGCGCGCGCGGGCGAGCUGGCCCAGCAGCUCGAGGAGGCGCGCGCGGAGCUCGAGGCGGCGCGGAAGCAGCCCCCCGCGCUGCCGCCGUCAGUGGCGCCCCCAGCAGAGGAGAUUCUUGCGCGCGCGAAGGACGACGUGGCGGCGAGCUCGUACACGCCCGGCAACACUGUCAAGCGCAAGCCAGGGCGGGACAUCGAGGCGGGCAUGGACGCCGACGACGAGGACGAGCUGCACGCCGACGAGGCGUUCGCGGUCUCGGCGGGACAGUUCAACCGACUUGCAGCGGCGCCGCUGCUGAAGCAGGGCAUGCAGCGCCUGCAGGGCACCAAAUGGGCCGACGUGGCAGGGAAGGGCGUGGCGGCGUUUGACACCUUCGGAGUGCACGUGGCUCGCGUGCUGCUCGCGAAGCCCUUCGUGCGCGUCGGCGUCGCGGGCUACCUCGUGCUGCUGCACCUGUACGUGCUGCUGUUGGCACACAUGCACCACGUCAGUGGGGGGUGUGCCGGGCCAGUGGACCUGGGCCUCGCGGGGCAUCCGACCGCUGCCGCGGAAAUCACGGAUCCGGAAAGCACGGUGAGCGGCCAGACGGCGCCCCCAGCCACGAGCAAUCUGAGCUAUUAUUGA